AUGCAUGACUGUUGUUUGAAAGGCUUCAAGUGGGAGGGCGAGCCUAUCGGCCGCGAAGAGACCUUCGCCGGGAACUCGACAUACGUAAGCGGCAACAACAGCGAUGUCGCUAUUCUUGUGAUCCACGAUCUCUUUGGAUGGACAUUCCCCAAUCUACGGCUCCUGGCCGACUCGUACGCUGAGGAAACCAAUGCGACAGUUUACCUCCCGGACUUCUUUGGUGGCGAAGUCCUCCCUUUUGACAUCGUCGCCAAAGAUCCUGCGGAGUGGGCACCACUAGACCUACCUUCAUGGGCAGCACGCAAUAACAAAGAAGUGCGUGAGCCCGAGAUCUUCGCAUUUGCCAAGGGACUUCGGGCCCAGUAUAAACAUGUCGCCGCUGUCGGGUCCUGCUACGGCGGAUGGGCCGUGUUCCGGCUCGGUGCGAAGGAGAACGACGGUCUCGUAGACUGUAUCUCCACGGCGCAUCCCUCCUGGCUUACCAAAGAUGAGAUCCAGGCUGUCGGCGUCCCUGUCCAGAUCCUCGCGCCGGAGAUCGAUCCUGUGUUCACGGCAGAGCUCAAGGAGUUUAGUCAGAAGACUAUCCCGUCGCUUGGACUGCCGUUUGAUUAUCAGUAUUUUCCUGGGCUGGAGCACUCGUUUUCCGUGAGGGGAGACCGGGCGAAUGAGGCUGAGAUGAGGGGCCUAGAGAGAGCUAAGAAUGCAGCUGUGCAUUGGUUUAAGCAGUGGCUGCAGUGA